AUGGGAGGAGGUAGAUCCGACUUUAGGAUCUUCAAAUCGAAGGGGAACAGAUCCGAAGAGAAGAUGACGAAUCUUCAUGUCGAUUUUCAAAUCUGGAAGUCGCCGUUGGUAAUGUUUAAAGAUCAGUGGAGAGUUUUCGGCCGGGGAUCGGCGAUGGUAGAGAUGACAAUUCUUUACACGCUGGUGGCGAGAGGAUCUGUUCUGUUGGCGGAAUUCAGUGGUACGUCGACCAACGCGAGCACCAUCGCCAGACAAAUUCUCGAGAAAAUCCCCGGAAACAAUGAUAUGAAUGUUUCGUAUUCGCAAGAUCGGUAUAUUUUUCACGUUAAACGGACUGAUGGCCUCACUAUUCUCUGUAUGGCCGAUGAUGAUGCCGGAAGACGAAUUCCUUUUACAUUUCUUGAAGAGAUUCAUCAGAGAUUCGUUAGAACAUAUGGUCGAGCAGUUCUAACAGCCCAAGCUUAUGAAAUGAAUGAUGAGUUUUCUAGGGUUUUGAGCCAACAAAUGGAGUAUUACUCCAGUGAUCCCAAUGCAGACAGGAUAAACCGUUUAAAAGGUGAAAUGAGUCAGGUAAGAAGUGUAAUGAUUCAAAAUAUUGACAAAGUUCUUGAGAGGGGUGAUCGAUUGGAAACACUUGUUGAUAAAACUGCAAAUAUGCAAACGAAUACUUUUCGAUUCAGAAAGCAGUCUAGAAGAUUCAGGAAUACAAUGUGGUGGAAAAAUGUCAAACUUAUGGUUGCUAUGGUAAUUCUUCUCCUGGUGAUAGUGUACAUUGUUCUGGCAUUUGUUUGCAAGGGGUUUGCACUUCCAGCUUGUCUAUGAUGAAAACCGGAAACAAAUGGGAAAUUUGGUUUAUUAGGGUUUUUGAAUUCGAAGCCUUCGAAAAAAAAUUCUUGCAUUUUUUUGACAUUCUUUU